UCUUGACCCAAUAAAUUACGCUUUAGACAUUCAAUAUCUCUUAAUUCACUAAGACAUAGGCCAAAGAAUCCUUCUCAUAUGAUCCCACUUUUUUGGCCCCCUAAAAACCUGUUUGUCUAUUCAUCAAUCAUCAGCAAAGUGUGUCCACACAAGUAAGAACAUACAGACGUGGAGGUACGGGUCUGUGCCAUGUUAUCUCGCUCAAGGAAUUCACGCUACAAGUAGUCGUUGACAAUCAGAAAUGAGUGGCUAUACUGUUGUUGUGGUUUUGCUAUUGACCGUUGCCUUGAGUGUCUUGGCUUGGAACUUUGCCCCUAGGGAAAAUAGAACCGUCUGGAGAUCAUCCCUCAUCUUGGGUUUAGCCAUGUGCUACUUAAUGUGGGCGAUCACCUACUUGGCGCAGUUACAUCCUUUAGAAGCACCAAGGAGAGCCGACAUGAGAAAAGAAGAAUAAGCUACUAGUGCUAGAAAUAGAAACCCGGAUUACCAAGAUGGAGUUGGGGAGGAAAUGCAGGUACAGUUGCUUCCAAUUCUACUAAAAUAAGGAUCAAUACACGUAUAAGUUUAAAGCUUGUGUUCGAUCUGACAUUCAGGGGUUAGGCGAAUAUGGGUUCAAAGAAUAGGACGUAGAUUAGAGUAACAUUAGCUGGUAUAGAACUUCAGUGUGGUCAUUCAAAGCCCUCCACGUACCCAUCAAAACCGAGGAUGUGUCCGGGUAACCUCCCAAGAAGUAUAAAAGAUUGCGCAUUCCGCUCUCCCUCGAAAAAUUUUCAUCAUUGAUAUUGCAAUAAAGAUAAUUGAGUCACAAAAUUUGUAGGAAAAAACACUCCUGUUUCUGCUCUGCA